UUCUAUAUAUACCCACAACCCUCUACCACCACAAUCUCAGGAAAUCAAACCCAUCUGCAUUUCCUCUCUCUCUCUCUCUCUCUCUCUCUCUAGAUUCGUUGUACUCUUCAUUGCACCAACAGUCCUUACAAUCGGCCUCUUGUUACAAUUUGCUCCUUCUAAUUUCACUUCCAUCAAUUUCGUCCGUUUCCUUAUUUCUGUUUGUUUUUCAUAUAAUCCGGAUUCAAAAACCAGCAUGGGUUCGUUGAUGGAAAUGGAGUACGAGAACGGGUCGGCUCCGGGUUUCUGCCUAAAGGACCCGCUGAACUGGGGGGUGUCUGCGGAGGCGAUGAAGGGGAGUCACCUGGAGGAGGUGAAGGGGAUGGUGGCGGAGUUUCGGAAGGGGGUGGUGAGGCUGGGCGGGGAGUCGCUUACCAUAUCGCAGGUGGCGGCGAUAGCGGCAGCGCGAGGCGGGGAGGUGAAGGUGGAGCUGUCGGAGUCGGCCAGGGCCGGGGUGGAGGCGAGUAGUAAUUGGGUCAUGGAUAGCAUGAACAAAGGGACGGAUAGUUAUGGGGUGACCACGGGGUUCGGGGCAACUUCCCAUAGGAGGACUAAACAGGGCGGAGCUCUCCAAAAGGAGCUUAUUAGAUUCUUGAAUGCUGGAAUAUUUGGCAAUGGAGUAGAGUCUGGUCACACGUUGCCCCACUCAGCUACAAGGGCGGCAAUGCUCGUCCGCAUCAACACCCUCCUCCAGGGUUACUCCGGCAUUAGAUUUGAAAUCUUGGAAGCCAUUACCAAGUUCCUCAACAACAACAUCACCCCAUGCCUCCCCCUCCGCGGCACAAUCACCGCAUCCGGCGACCUUGUCCCUCUCUCCUACAUCGCCGGGCUCUUGACCGGGCGGCCAAACUCAAAAGCGGUUGGGCCUGCCGGAGAAACCCUUCGGGCCGAAGACGCCUUCCGCUUGGCUGGAGUCGAUGGCGGGUUUUUCGAGCUCCAACCCAAAGAAGGCCUUGCCCUAGUCAACGGUACCGCGGUGGGUUCUGGCUUGGCUUCUAUGGUCCUUUUCGAGGCUAACAUACUUGCCAUUUUGUCAGAAGUUAUGUCGGCGAUUUUCGCAGAAGUAAUGCAAGGGAAGCCCGAAUUUACGGACCAUUUGACACAUAAACUCAAGCACCAUCCAGGCCAAAUAGAAGCAGCUGCCAUCAUGGAACACAUUUUGAAUGGAAGUGCCUAUGUGAAGGCAGCAGAGAAGCUCCACGAGAUGGACCCCUUGCAAAAACCAAAACAGGAUCGAUAUGCCCUCCGAACGUCCCCACAAUGGCUCGGACCACAAAUCGAAGUCAUCCGAACAUCAACAAAGUCGAUCGAGCGGGAGAUAAACUCGGUGAACGACAACCCAUUAAUUGACGUCUCAAGAAACAAGGCGUUGCACGGAGGAAAUUUCCAAGGGACCCCCAUCGGAGUCUCAAUGGACAACACCCGUCUAGCCAUCGCUGCGAUUGGUAAACUCAUGUUUGCACAAUUUUCGGAACUUGUCAAUGAUUAUUACAACAAUGGGUUGCCUUCAAAUCUAUCCGGGGGACGAAACCCAAGUUUGGAUUACGGGUUUAAAGGAGCUGAGAUUGCCAUGGCUGCUUAUUGCUCUGAACUCCAAUUUCUAGCCAAUCCAGUGACCAACCAUGUCCAAAGUGCAGAGCAACAUAACCAAGAUGUCAACUCUUUGGGCCUGAUUUCCUCAAGAAAAACUGCCGAGGCUGUUGAUAUAUUGAAGCUGAUGUCCUCCUCAUUUCUAGUAGCUCUGUGCCAAGCCAUAGAUUUGAGGCAUUUGGAGGAGAAUUUGAGGAGCUCUGUUAAGACCACCAUAAGCCUAGCAGCUAAGAAAGUCUUGACUAUGGGUGAGAAUGGAGUACUUCACCCUUCAAGGUUUUGCGAAAAGGAUAUGCUCCGAGUGGUUGAUCGCGAAUCAGUCUUUGCGUAUAUUGAUGACCCUUGUAGUGCAACCUACCCAUUGAUGCAGAAACUAAGGCAAGUCCUCGUGGAGCACGCGUUGAAAAAUGGCGAAAACGAGAAGAAUUUGGGGACUUCAAUUUUCCAAAAGAUUGAGGCCUUUGAGGAGGAAUUGAAAGCGGUUUUGCCCAAGGAGGUGGAGAGCGCGAGAGCGGCUGUGGAGAGUGGGAAACCGGUGAUUCCAAACUUGAUCAAGGAGUGCAGGUCUUACCCGCUUUAUAAGUUCGUGAGGGAGGAGAUGGGGACAGCGUACUUGACCGGAGAGAAGGUUGUGUCUCCGGGAGAGGAGUGUGAGAAGGUUUUCACUGGAUUGUGUGAAUUGAAGGUGAUUGAUCCUUUGAUGGACUGUCUGAAGGAGUGGGAUGGAGCUCCCCUUCCAAUCUGUUAAACUGCAAGUUAGUACAUUGGUUUGGGGAUUGUUUUUUAAUUAGUACCCUUAUGUUGCUGCUGAUUUUGUUCUCUUCAUGUUUGUUGUAUUUCAUUGCUUUCUAAUGAUGUAAUAUUGAUGUAGUAAGUUGGAACAAGUAAUGUGAAAGGUCUUUGCAUAUUUUAAUCUA